UCUAUACUGUGGUUUGAAUUCCUAUUGUCGAUAGUUUGCUAAGCCUACUCGUAAUUUUUUUGCCACUGUUUAACAUUUUUAAUAAAAUUUUUGAUUAAUGUUUAUAUAAAAAAAAUGUCUUUGCAGCGUGUAAGACAACCAAAAAUGACCACUCAGGCGCUUUUAGAUUUGGAUCUUGGAGAAAGUUCAUCAGAUAGCGAUUUCAGAAUAGAAGAUCAUGAUAGCGAAGAGGAGGAUCCGGAUAGUAAUGAAGAAAACUCGUCUUCUAACAGCACUGACAACGAAAGUAUAUCGGAUGAUUUGUCACCGGAGCAACAUAAAAUUGAUGUUUCCAAGCCCCAAGUCAAUGGUUUUAGAGAAAUAAGAGCUUUGCAGAAAGUAGACAUACAUCGAUAUAUAGAGGCCAAAAAAGCAGUAAAACCUAUUUGUUGCGUAUGCCUGGGGGAUCGGAGUGAUGACUCAAACGAAAUAAUAGAAUGUGAUGGCUGUGGGGUAUCUGUACAUGAAGGAUGCUACGGUGUGAAUGACAAUUUGAGUAUUUCAAGCACAAACUCUACAUGUUCGACUGAACCGUGGUUUUGUGAAGCUUGCCGUGCCGGCGUUUCCGAACCAAUUUGUGAGCUAUGUCCAAAUAAAGGUGGAAUAUACAAAGAAACGGAUGUAGGAAAGUGGGUGCAUUUAAUUUGCGCUUUAUAUAUACCAGGAGUUGCUUUUGGGGAAGUAGACCAACUAUCUUCUGUUACUUUAUUCGAAAUGCCCUACAGCAAGUGGGGAACUAAAGUUUGUAGUCUUUGUGAAACUCCGCGAUUUGCACGAACAGGUGUUUGUAUUGGAUGUGAUGCUGGCAUGUGUAAGACAUAUUUCCAUGUAACUUGUGCCCAGGUGGCUGGAUUUCUAACGGAGGCACAUCAUGAAGAAGCAGAUGCAGCCGAUCCUUUUUUUGCUCACUGUAAAGUGCAUUCGGAGAAAGAAAUGAUAAAGCGUCGAAAAAGAAAUUACUAUAAUCUACGGUUAAAUAUGCAAGAAAAACAGAAAGGAAAAAUUUUAUUUAAGCAUGACGAUCCCUGUCCAGCUCAGUUACGUAUUAAACGCAAACUCUUAAAAUAUCAGACAAAGUAUUCGAACAACAAGAAGUUGAAACCCGCUCCUUGGGUACCAACUCAAAAAAUGUCGCGUCUUUUAACAACUUCUGCUUCGGCAUGUAAGCGAUUAUUGUCAAAGGCAAACAUAAUGGCCAUUGAUGUGGAAUUGCUUGAACGACAAGAAGCACAGAUUGCAUCUCUGACGGAUAUUCGCAAAAAGUGGCACAUAGCUCCUGCCUUUAGUGUUGAAUUUAUUGGUUACUACUUGGAUCGUAUUUCACGAACAACAGAACUUAAAUCAGAGCUUUCAGAAAUGAUGAAAAAUAACCUUAGCCUUUCCCAGGAACAAGAUAUACUUCGGACUAGUUAUGACACCAAACUGGAGAAAUAUAAAGAGUUGAAGAUAAAUCAGUAUCAUAUCGUAAAGCGAUAUUAACUGGGGGCUCAACCAAACCUGUAAGCCAUCACAAUCCAUUGAGGAAAGGGAUAGGAAAAAUUCCACGGGAAGAAGGACUUCCAGCACUAUAUCUUUGAAAAAAGUGCUUAAAAUUCAACAAAGAAAAAAUUAAGAUUCCUGACAAAUCGGAAAAAGAAUAACGGAUAAGUCUUGAUAUAUAGAUAAAACAUUCAAGCAACGUUAUAGUGAAAACAUUCAAGCAACGUUAUAGCAACGGACAUCACAUCACGCUGGAUUCGCGGAGAAGGCGACAAGAAAGCUUCAAUUUAUUACGUCUAUCGUUGGUUAUAAACUCCGAAAUAACAACACAAGAGAUCGCAAGCCUGAGAGCACAAAUCGCUGCUCUGAUCACAACGCUCACUGAAACCCAACAGAGAAUGAAUUCCUUCGAAGCCUACGCAACACCUAACGUCACAGUCACCAACCAAUACCAGGACUGUACACCAAAUAUCACCGAUGCAUCACAAAUCAACUUAGAAAUAUUCAAAACAUUACCAAUCUUCACAGGUGACAUGAACUAUUAUAGGUCAUGGAGAAAACGUGCCUGGACACACAUGAAAAACAUCAAGAAUCACGCUACUACACCCACGUAUUACACGGCACUCUCGAUUGUACAUUCGAAAAUUGAAGGAGAGGCGGCCGAUAUUUUAAUAAACCACAACACCAAAUUCAACUUCUAUUCUAUAAUAAACCGUCUCGAUUAUACGAUUAUACUUAUGCGGACCAGAGACCUCUGUAUGUGUUGCUCGAAGGAAUGAAGAGUAUAAAGCAGGGAAAAAGGACGUUGGCAGAGUUCCAUUGCGAAGUCACUUAAUCUUGCACUCACUAAAGUUGAGAUGGAUAGCUCAGGAAAUCCCUCAGCUAUGAAAGAAUAUGCGAACCAGGAAGCUGUAAGGACAUUCAUUCUCGGUCUGAACAGCAAAUAUACCAGCGGCAUCCUCUAUAGCCACAAUCCGAAGGACUUGGAAACCGCUUACGCUAUCGCAAGUACGAUAUACCACGAUAAUGUGAACUCACAAUUCGACGUUCCGCAAUACAGUCAGCACAGACAAUAUAAUACAUCGCAGUAUCAAAACCCAAGCAGAAGAUAUCACGAGGAACCAUAAAGGUACAAACCUAACGUGCAGGUGCAAUACAAUAAAACUGCACCCAGGCAACCGCGCCAACCAAUGGACGUAGAUCCACCACAGCAAUACACGAGAUCCGCAAAUUAUAAUAGGAAUCAUUCCGCACUACAACAAAACAGCUCUGACCAUCAAAUAAUCCAUUUCGCGGAGAUCCUAAAAAAAGAGAACGAAAUCCUUCAUCUCGUAAUUUCAACAUACAACAGAAAGUACAACGUGUAAACCAAACACGCGACGAAGAACUAAAAUCGCUUGCACCAGAAUACGAAAAUGAUGAUAAUGAAACAGGCAGUGCAUGCACAAUUUGCCGUGUCUGCAACGCCACUACAGGGAUACAGGCAAACUUAUUAACAUCCUGACCGACACUGGAGCAACAAACAAUUAUAUAAGUACAGAAUGCAACAUCGGUAAGCCUAUUCCAAUUAAACCUGUAAAAGUGAAAACUCUUCAUGGUUACUCAAUAACCAAAUCAAAAAAAAAUAAUAACAUUGUUAGAACAUAAUCUCACAUUUUUUGAAACAAAUGCAUUAGAAGAAUUUGAUAUGCUUUUGGGUGAACAGGGACUUAGAAAAAUCAAAGGGGAGAUCAACCUGUUCGAGUACAAGCUCAGUUAUAAAUAUAGGGCCAAGAAAGAAAGCGAAUCCGUACAAAAAAUAAAUUAUACGGUUAAUAGUGAAAAAUAUAGGGCAGAAAUCGAAGAAAUUAUGCAAAAAAAAUGAAAGCACAAACGAUGUGCUACCAUAUACUACCGCGAUACAAGCUACCAUUAGAACGAAAUCCGAAGAUCCUAUAUGGACCAAGCAAUAUCCGUACCCUAUGUCGGAUAACGACUUCAUUAACAAAGAGAUGAACAAACUUUUAGAAAAUGAAAUAAUUCAACCCAGCAAAACUCCGUACAACUCUCCCAUUUGGACAGUCGCUAAAAAAGGUACCGAUGAACAAGGGAAACCUAAGAAAUCUUUUCCCAAGACUAUGUGGAAUACUUAGGGCAUAUAAUUAAAUACAACAUGAUCAUAGUUGACCCUACAAAAAUACAGACUAUUAAAAAUUUCCCUAUUUCCACAACACUGAAGGAACUCAGAUCCUUCCAAGGUCUCGCUAGUUAUUAUAGAAAAUUUAUACAGAAUUUUGCAGCCGUCGUCAAACUACUCACUACGUUCCUCAGAGGAGAGAACGGCGGCAUAUCAAAGAAUCAAAGCGCAAAAAUAAAAAUCACCCUAGACGAACCUGCACUAGAAGCACUGAACAAAAUAAAAGAGGAACUGCAAGCCCAGGUUGAACUCUUCCAACCAAACUUUAACAAACCUUUCGAAUUAACCACAGAUGCUAGCAAUUACGCUAUAGGAGCCGUAUUGUCUCAAAACCAAAAACCCAUAUCAUUUAUUCCACGAACGCUCAGCGAAACAUCAAAAUUACUCCACGAAUGAGAAAGAGUUACUCGCAAUUGUGUGGUUACUACAGAAACUA